AUGUUGCGGCGUAUAGUUUCGCUAGGCCCCACGGCCUCAGAAAGCGACGAGCCUAUGUCCCGAUCGACUGAAGAUGCCGCCCAGUCUCCAGACUCCGCCCGUACCACAGGCGGUCUUGCCAGUGUCUUCAAGAACCUCACCGGCGCUAGACUGACCAAGUCCCCUCCGCCCGUGCAGCCAAUGCCGAUAUCUGCUGCUUCAUCCACUGCGCAACUUACAAACGAAAGUGCCACUGUACAAGAAAGUACUGUAGUUGGGCAACCGGCGCAUCGUCUCGACGCUCUCGAACAUCUACGAUCCGCAUCGCUGAACGAAAGGAUCGGAGCUGUCGCCUCAUUGCGUAUCGCCAUCGCAACAUGCUCCCUCACAUCAGUACUCGACAUAUGGUACGCCGGAAAAGAUCUUAUAGAACCAGGGAAGCCGCAUGCGGCACGUGUUGCAGGCUGGGAGUUGGUCACAGAAUGUGUCAGGCAUCAUGAAUGCACCGAUCUCGAGAGGAGGGAGUACUUUCGAACCAUAUCCGCACCCGCCAAUCCUGAAGACUUUCAUCUUCAACUGGCCGCACUCGAGGAUCUCACCAGACGUGGUCGAGAUCUCGCCGGGUUUGAAUAUGAUGUGGUACCGCUCCUUAGUACCUGGCUUCAGGAGAAGUUCCAGGCUGUUAAGGAGGCAAAAGAGGCCGUCAAAGAGGCCCGAAAAAAUCCAUCGCGAAGCACCAGCCGGGCGACUAAGGCCAAGGCCAAUGUUUCCGGAGAGGAAAAGAACUUUUCUCGGCUUUUUGACUUUGUUCAAGAAGUGGUUAAAUUCAAUUUCAAAGUCACAAACGACCACUCGGCCGGUCGUUUAAUCGAGUGUCUUCUUGACAUUUGCAUGGCUACUAAUUCCGAGGACGACCUAAAGUCAUGCAUAAACGUCUUUAAUGCUAUAGUAACGUUUGGCAUGAUACCAUCGGCUAACCUUGGUCGUUGUGUCAACGUUUUGAGCUCCAUAUACAGCAUGGUUGCAAACCUCGCCAAGCCCGCCUGGCAGGUUUUGUCAAACAUCUCCAAGUCACAUCAUGGGAACGCCAUGGUCCAGAUACUCCUCAAUGUGCUACAGGCAUACACAGCGGCUGGCAGAGCGGAUUCGCAACAACGAGACCAGCGGGAAGUUCGUGGUGCCCUUGAAGUACUACAAAAACUCGUCUGGAAAUCCUCGAGCAAAGGCUAUCCUUCCGUUCCCUUGAGUCCUCUAAUCGACGGGCUUGUAAAUCUCGUCAACAACCAGGCUACGCCCAAGACAUGCAGUGUUUUGCUCCAGCUGAUCAACUCACUCUUCGACGACGGUGCCCAGAAAAUUAAUGCUGCCAUCGAAGAUGAGGACUGGGCUGUGAUCCUGAACGUGGCUGCAGACUGCGCAAAACGAUGCCGUGGCUUUCCCAAGCAAGACAGGUCCAGCGGUGGGGAUGUGCCGGUUUCGGCGAGGUCUUUGUCCUCUCCCACGAGUAGUUUCGAACGGGAAGAUCCAAUUUUGGCCGAGAUAGGGCGACUGGCGGCCAGACUUGAGCAGCUCUUGCUAGAAUUCCAGUCCGAUCUUGUGCAGAGGCAAGACUGCAUUGUGUUCUUCACCAAGAUUCAUGAGCUCCUCCCGGACUCUGCUGCUGGCCUCGUACUCGACUAUUUUGCCGAGUUCCAUUGCUGUUUUCCAUCCGACAUUCAAUGGGAGAACAAUGUCAGUCUUGUGCUCGAGACCUUCUUUCGGGACAGGCGUCGGUCGAUUUCGGUCAGGUCGAGGGCUUUCCGCAUCAUCACCGAAGUAAUUGACAUUCUGGAGAUUAUUGAUGCCGAAUCUGGUGGUUACACGGCACCAGGUCUCACCGAAAGUCUGCUUGAUGGUAUCGCAGAAGAGAGUGAGACACUCAUACUCCAGAAUAUAGUCUCAUUCGCAGUUUCUGUCAGUCAAUCUGCCGAUCAGGACCUGUUUGACCACAUCAUAGACAGCCUGCGGAGUGUGGUUGCAAACGACCGUUCAAGAGUACCUCAUGUACUGGCACCAGUUAUAAACAUAGGCAGUCAGACACAACCAUCGGAAUCUGCAAAUGACGAUGGGAACUUUCAGAGCCCAUCGAAUGUAGUUACGAGGGGUUAUGUUCAAAUGUUUAUGAGGUCAAUGGACACAGAUGUAAGAAAGGCCAGCAGGCUUUUUGAUGCCAUCGUCCAUAUCGCUCGUUCAAGCAAGUGUGAGACAGACGCCCGCCUGACGGCAAUGAAGAUGCUCUUUCGCCUUAGGUCGGACUGGGAGAACCACAUUUUCCUGACACCUUUCACCGAGUCUGAUGCGUUGGCUGCGAUGAUGUUUCGUACCGAGGAGUCAAUCUCCAAGAGGCUUGCAGAGGAGGCGCAGAAUGCCAGACCACCACGGCCUGAACCCAAUAGUCUUACCACUCGCCCAGGCCGCGCAGUAUCUUUUGGACAGUCCAUAUCCCCUCUUGACCGCGACAGGACGCCCGUGGCCCGGUCUACAAGUGGUGCAGGCACGGGUGCAACGUCGGCGGGGAGGUACAGACAGAUGUGGUGUCUCUCUGACCAGGACGCUCUCCCUGAGCCUCCGUCGCCGAUAGCGAGUCCAGUGCUGUUCUCGCAUUGUUCCAAGGCCCCAGACGACGUUGCUGAACCAGUGCCUGCUCUGAAUAUGGCGGCUUGGCUCGAGGCCCUAAUAAGUAUUCUCCACAUGGGUUGCGAUUGGGAGAUUUAUAGUUUUAUUAUCGUGCAUCUGCCCUCUCAGCUCGCCAACCAUGCGCUCUUUGAGGACGCUAUACCACAGAUUCAACAGAUCCGGGGCAUCAUUUGCGAAAAGAUACGUAACAACAUGUUCCAGGAACCACCUAUAUCAACGCAUCUGCGAAAGACCGAGGUAGCCGUUUGCUUCUACCAUAUUCUUACAACAAUACUGAGUUAUCACCACCACUUCCAAAAGAAUGAAGAGGACGAGAUAGUCCAGACCUUUAUGCAGGGUCUCUCAGACAAGUCGGCAAAAUGCUGCAUUCAUGCGUUAUCUAUUUGCGCCCAUGAGCUUCCACUAUCGACUAGCAAGUGCCUCGUCGCCAUUCUUCAGAGGAUGUCACAAAUUAUCACGCGCCAGGGUGUCGCAAUGCACAUUCUGGAAUUCCUCGCUUGUCUUAGCAGGCUAUCUGAGCUUUACUCCAACUUCAGGGAGGACGAGUACAGGAUUGUGUUCGGAAUUUGCUUCAGGUAUCUGCAAGACGUCAGGGCCAAAAGAUCAAGUCUUCGCCUGGGGAACGGCAGCGAACCACCGACUCCCAUGACCCCCCUUGGUCAGCUGGACGCAGGAAGCACCGCUGACGAUCUCCCGCAGUAUGUAUAUGCGCUGGGCUACCAUGUCAUCACAUAUUGGUUCCUGGCUGUGAAACUACCGGACCGACCAAACCACGUACCCUGGAUCGCCAAGAACCUCUUUGCAGAUGCCGACGGGGGUCCAGGGGAGGAGCAGGCCCAAAUAACCAUCGACUUCAUGUCCAGGGUUGCAUACUCGGACGUGGAUGAGUCUUUGGAGGAUCCUCUCUUCACGCAAGAGCGAUUCGGUGAGAUUAAGGAAAGGCACUGGAUUGUUGGCAACAGCAUCGUUUCGAUCAAACAGGCCACGAGGAACGGUUGGGCACACGUCACAAAACGACAGCCGUCGGGCACCUCAUGUUUUGUUGUGCGUGAAAGCAUCAAGCCUCUUCCUCAUCAUCAAAUUCGGGCAGUCACAGCCGAAAGUACUCGCGAUGGGCAGGCAAUGUUGGAAAAUGCUGCAUUCCCAAGCCACGUCAUGGUACAGCUGCUUUCGUCGCUCCCGCAGCCUCAAAACUCGACUCUGCGGCCUAUACCACUUCCCGAAGACCCUGCCAUAUCUCGCGCAAUCAAAAUGUUUGAUCAUAACUCCCCAGUAGACGGGCACAAGGUGGGUGUGAUAUAUAUUGGAGAGGGACAAUCGAAGGAGGCAGAAAUUCUUGCAAAUGUGUCGGGGAGUAGAGAUUACAUCGACUUUCUGAACGGCCUAGGCACACUGACGAAGCUCAAGGGUGCUACUUUCAACGCUCAAGGUCUGGAUCGACAGUACGACACUGAUGGGCAGUACACUUUUUGUUGGAGAGAUCGGGUCACGGAGAUAGUGUUCCAUGUCACCACGCAAAUGCCUACGAAUCUUGAGCAGGACCCGGCGUGUACUCAAAAGAAGAAGCACAUUGGCAACGACUUUGUCAACAUCAUCUUCAACGACUCUGGUCUGCCGUUCAACUUUGACACAUUUGCAUCAGAGUUCAAUUACGUCAAUAUUGUCAUUACGCCAGUUUCACGGGCCUCCUUCGUCGCCUCCCGGGAGCGCGCUGCCAAAAUGGCUGUUGCGAAAGAAGGGGGCACAACGGGCGAGGCGGACAACGGCAAAUCGUGUCAACAAUACAACCCGUUUUUCAAGGUUCAGGUGAUGAGCAAGCCAGGAUUCCCUGAGAUAUCACCGGCGGCCAGUACAAAAAUGAUUAGCCUCGAGUCUCUGCCCGAUUUUAUCCGCUUGUUGGCUUUGAACGCAUCCGUUUUUUCCCACGUGUGGUCGACUCGCACGAUUGGUGAGCACGUCUCGACAUGGCGCAACCGUCUGCGCGAGAUUGUGCGUAUGCGAGAGCGUUACGGGCUAAAACCAGCCGCGCCAUCGCCGUCGCCGCCUCCAACAGCAUCGACAGGCGGAGGUGGCGGUGGAGGGUUUGGGGCUGUCAACUCAGGGCCAACUAUGUCUUCUAUCUCGCCGUCCCAACACACAGCCGGCAAUAUUGCCUCUUCCUCCACAUCGACACUCGACGCUUCGAGGCCAGCAAGCAGUAUGCGAGACAGUUUCAGCAGUCUAAGGCGAUCGUCAGUGGCAACUUUCUUCACAACCGCCAGCGAGCAGACGCAGCAUUCCCACCGCUCAUCAAUGAUGUCGAGCGCGCCAACUCAUGAAGGCGUAGAAAUGACGCAGACACAGUCCAACGGGCAUGACCCUUUGGCUGACUCGCUUGACUUUUCCAAGUGGGCUUGA